AAAGACCUCUUCGCUGACACAGGACGUUACCGCUAUGCAAGGCUUACGGCAUUUCGCUAUCUCGACUCUUCCACGUGCGGUAACGGGCAGGUACUUGUCAACGACAGCAGCGUUAAACAUGCCAAUUAAGGAAGGAGACAAGCUCCCAGAAGUUGACCUUUUCGAAGGUAACCCUCACAACAAGGUCAACACAAAGGACUUGUUUGGUAAAGGCAAGAUUGUCAUCUUCGCUGUUCCCGGAGCAUUCACACCAACAUGUUCAGAGACACAUGCCCCUGGCUUCAUCAAGAACAUCCCCGAUUUGAAAAAGAAGGGAGUGACAGCUGUGGUGUGUAUCGCUGUCAAUGACCCCUUCGUCAUGGACGCGUGGGGAAAGUCACUGGGAGCAGACACAAAGGUCCGAAUGCUGGCAGACACAGCUGCUACCUUCACAAAGAAAAUUGACAUGGCUGUUGACUUGACAGAAAUCUUGGGGGGAGUGAGGUCCAGGAGGUAUGCGAUGGUUGUGGAGAAUGGUGUUGUGAAGGCCGUCAAGGCCGAGCCAGACAACAUAGGCCAUACCUGCAGCGCAGCUAGCGAGGUGCUGAAGCUGCUGUAGAAACAAUGGAGCUGGUGACGCUGAGAAGAGGCAUUUGCUAUAAAUAGGAUUAAACAACCUUAAGAAAUGGAAAGUGGAGAAAACAUCAUAUGUCAAAAGAGUUGUUUGUUGAAUGCAAAAUUUACGUAUUUGUAUUUGUAUUUACUUAAAAUUCCCCAAGUUAAUGGUCAAGACCAAUGGGUAAAGCACAUGUGGUAUUGUUACUUUUUUAAAGAACUAAAAUAUGACCUAACUUUUUAUAUAUAUCGUUUCUGCCGUCCAAGUGGACUUAUUCACAACACAGUUUGUGAACCAAGGAACAAAGAACAUGGCAUCACAAUUGCACAUAUCCUUGGAGAUGAGUCCUACGGUAGAGUGUACUUUGUCAUCCUCUAUGUGUGUUGGUUCAAGAACUGUCGUAUAUGUUACAUAGAAGUUAAAGGUUCGGAAUUUCUAAGUAAGUUACUCAUGAAGGUAAUAAAGAAGCCUGUUUUCUCUUUCUACUGUUUGAAGGAUACAUUUACCAUUCCUGUCAGUCAGAUGAUUUAUCGUUGGUAUUUAAAUCUCAGUGCUCCCUGAACAAAGCCUGUUGUAGUCUCUACCUUCCAGCAAGUUUAACACAUUUCAGUAGUCCUUUUAAUGUGACUGGGAUUUUGUGACACAGCCAUUUUACAGGUUGUGAAUAUUGUGUCUAGCGUUUGUUUUGUUUAGUUUUUAUAUUCAAGAUCUUCAUAUACUUUUAUCGCACAAAGGACCUUGAAUUAAGUAUCUGGGGAAGAUGGUGUCUAUCAGUCGGGAGCAAAAAGAGCCUGAAAGUGUUGAUAUUUUUUGUUUGUGAGUGUUCAUUAAUCUUUAUGGAUAAUCUGCCAUACUCUCGGCACUUGAAAUUAUUUUAUUUAUGACAAAAUAUGUCAAAUAUUUAUGUUGGACUUGACUUUUUAAUAUUUGUUGAAACAGCCUUAUGAAGGGAUUCAUGAUUUACGCAAUAUUUUUGUCAGUUUCAAUGAAGACUUUUAAGUUGACAAUUCCAAAUCCAAAUUUGAGAUCUGUUUGUUUUCUUUGAGGUUUUUUCCAUUUACCUGGUCUAAUCAUGCCAAUGCAUCUUCUGGUUAUAUUUCCAAAUGUAUAGAUGUGUUAACAGUUUGAUGGUGAUAGUUUGUAAUAAAAAUAUUCUUUAGAA